AAUUUAUUAUACCGCUUCUAUUGGAAACAAUAGUAUAAACUAAUUUAAACAAGUGGUCACACUAACUGCAUAGCUAUAGGUAUUAAUCUUUAGUGAGUCUUCUUAUUGGAAAUGAGUCAAGCAGCAUCAUUUACUAUUGUAACACCAUCUGAAGUGUGUCAGCACUCAUCAAAUCUUUCCAAGAUGAUUAAACAUAAGAGUGGAAAGGUGUUUCGUUGGCAUCAAGAUAAAUUACACACCACUUUGGAUGGUACAACACCUGUUAAAUAUUCUCUUGGUGGUCAUGUUUCUCCAUCACUUUCUAAUAAUUAUUCAUGGUCAUCCAUGUGUGAACAGCGUUCACCUUCUGUUUCUUCCUCUACAUCAAGUACUUCAUCCUAUCCUAAUACCCAUCCACAACAUCUAUUCGAAAAUCCACCAAUUGACCAACAUGUUUUUUACCAAACACUUUCAAAUCCAAUUAUCCAUUCCCCAACUCACAAAAUUACCAAACCAUACAAAGCUAGAGAUUCAUUCAAAUUCUUUGAUUAUACCAUGAAAAAGAGAAAGAGAACAAAGAGAUGUGAUCAAGUGCAACCUUAUGAAAAUGUAAUUUCCUUCACCAUGACAGGAGUUUCAAACGGUUCAAAUGGUCAAUCAGAUCAUCAAUCGAGCAACAGCAGCAACAGUUGUAGUAGUAGCAGCAGUGCAAAUUCAACAGGAUUGAAUUCUGAUGCAAAAUUCGAGUCAACCCUUCAUGAAAUUUCACAAUACAUUGGAGAGAAAAAUCCACAAACAAUUACAACCUAUCCAACACAACAAAUUGGAAGUGUUUCAACUGCUCCAUUUUCCUCAUCCCAUUUCUCACAAACACAACAACAACUACUACACAAUCUCUCACAACCUAGAAGAGUCAGAACUUCAAUUUCAAUAAAAGAAUUAUUAAAUUAA